GGAAAGAGGCUGAGGAUACCAGGCUGCUAUGCCCAUGCUUUCUAGGGCACACUUGCUCUCCUUUGUCUAUCCUGCUGAGCUGCUAGUAAAUGACAAUAACUCAGACAGAGCUGCUAGUUCAUGACAAUAACUCAGACAGGCAGAGCUGAUAAAUGCUAGUAAGUCAGACGGAUGAGAGUCUUCCCAGACAGAGCUGUUAAUACAUGACUGGAACAGUCCCCCCAAGCCUGGGAAGCAGCAGCCCCUCUGCCUCUCCCUUCUGCCUGCGUCAGUCCCCCAGCACAGUGACGUGGCAGACUGGGAGGGAGCUGUCCAGUGGAACAGAGUGCUGAAACUGCAGCAGCAGCAGCCGUCCCUUAACUCUCAGCGCACUCUCCAUGCACCUAAACCCAGCACCCACCCCCUGCGCUCUGCUCCUGUCCAGCGCCCUGCACCCAAGGAUAUUACAGGAGCAUGUUCUCUACUUACCAUUCUAGAAAUAAGAGGAUCUACUGGCAUUGUCUCUCUCUCUCUCUUUCUAUAGAUUGUAACACGAAUCCUUCCUUUUCAUAGCAAGGAAGGCAGCAACAGCAGCAGCAGGAGAAUCAUCUUCAUCAUCACUACAAUCCGGAUAGGAUCUGUCUGACCAGGAGGGUUCUGUGGUAGGAGCUUAUCCAUCUCUGGCCAUAGAGAGUGGGGUGUGGAGGGGAAUUUUGGAAUUGAGAUGGUUGCAUGCCAUGCCAAGCCUUUUCAAGACAAAGAACAUCAAGGGAAGGAAUGUUGAAAUGGGGAAUUUGCUUUCUGGGCUCGGGGUGGGAUAAAGGCAGCAGCUAUGCAGUGAGCCCACCUGGCACCUCUCAGACUGAGUCUAAAUCCUUACAGUGAUUCUGUUUGGGUAGUAAAUUACUCCGACCUGGGCACCUGUCCCUGAAUAUUCUAUUCCCAGGAGACUCGAUAAGGAGUGCUGUGCUGCUUCUCCCUCCUUUAAAGUGAAAUAUUUACCAAAUAUGUCAUAUUGGAGGGCAGUAGCAAAGAAAGGGAGGAUACAAUUAAACAAAUGUUCUAUAAUUUAUAAUUGAACUAAAUACUGUCAUUGUUACUGCUCUGGUUUUGAUAAUACACAUUUUUUUAUGACUAGGUGACACUUUUUAUUCAAAUGGGAAUGAAGCUGCUGUUGCUUAGGACACUAGCUCAUUUUUCUAGCCAAUAGCACAUGGGCCAGACUGGAAACUUUGUAUCUGAGCCAAUAAUAUGGUGAUUUAAGGGAGAGAGUGUAGACAGUGAGCACAAAAGAACCUUAUAACUGCUGUAUUCCAGUUGUCUGGUCAUUAAUAGUAGACAGGUGAAAGCACUAUACAACCUGGCCAUUCCCAAUUGCAUGGUCAUUAAAAUACAACCUGGUAGAAGCACAAACAACACUGGUUGUGGAUAUUUGGGAGAGAUGGUGAGCACAAUACAAGUUUCUAACUGAUCAUAUUCUAUGUUGAGUGAUCAUUAAAUUAAUAUAUAAGGUUGGCUGAGCACCUCACAAACUUACAUAAGCACAAACACUGGCUGGGUCCCAUUUUUACCCUUGGAUUUUGGAGUACAAAUCAGGCACAUGUUCUUGAGAACCAUCCUACUUUUAUGGUGCUGCGGUGUACUGAGUUGUAGACAGAUGUUGCGCCAUCAGGGUCUGCUGAAGUGCCGCUGCCGCAUGUUUUUCAAUGACUUGAAGGUCUUCCUGCUCCGGCGCCCCCCUCCCAUUCCUAGUCUGCCCAUGAACAGCUCAGAAUGUGACUUUGGAGCUGGGGGUGCUUUGGCCUCCAAUAAUAACACAUUGACGGCCUUGGGAAGAGCCUGGAGAACUGCAGCAGGUGGCACAACCCCAGAGGAGGACUGGAUUUAUCCUGGCAAUGGACUUCAGCACCAGCAGAUGUCUAUGGUGAGCACCACCUCCUCUGAUGACUUCUGCAAAGGGAAAACUGAAGACAGAUAUUCACUUGGCAGCAGCCUGGACAGUGGUAUGAGGACACCUCUUUGCAGGAUCUGUUUCCAAGGACCUGAGCAGGGGGAGCUCCUGAGUCCGUGUCGGUGUGACGGAUCAGUACGGUGCAGUCACCAGCCAUGCCUGAUUAAAUGGAUUGGUGAGAGAGGAUCAUGGAGCUGCGAGCUUUGCUAUUACAAGUACCACGUUAUCGCCAUUAGCACAAAGAACCCUCUUCAGGUAAAGUGGCAAGCCAUCUCCCUAACUGUCAUCGAGAAGGUGCAGAUUGCAGCGGCCAUCUUGGGCUCCCUCUUCCUUAUCGCCAGCAUCUCUUGGCUCAUCUGGUCGACCUUCAGCCCCUCGGCAAAAUGGCAGCGCCAGGACUUGCUGUUCCAGAUCUGCUAUGGAAUGUACGGCUUCAUGGACAUUGUCUGUAUAGGUUUGAUCAUUCACGAGGGUCCGUCAGUCUAUCGGAUAUUUAAAAGGUGGCAAGCGGUGAACCAGCAGUGGAAAGUGAUGAAUUAUGACAAGUCUAAAGACCUAGAAGACCAGAAAUUAGGGACUAGCCAGCGAACCAACCAGCAGACAAUAUCUAAUAAUAACAACUCCUCUGUUGGCAACCCAGGCAGUAAUACCACUCCUGCCGACAGUGGAAACCAUGUCAAUGGCCACUCUGGGACUUUAUCUGAUCACCACUGUGCUUAUACCAUCUUCCACAUUCUAAGCCACCUUCGGCCACACGAACAUAGAAGUCAGUCUAACGCUAACAGAGAGUUUGUAAUGAGAGUGACCACUGUGUGAGGCAACCAGGAGGCCUUAUCUGUAAUGAGCAAACGCAUGAUUCUCUGUGCCUUUUUGCCUUACGGCCUCAGCUUAAUCCUCUCACCAACAGAGAGGUUACUAGAGGCUGCGGAAGCUGAAAAGGUGCAAUGCCCUGACCACGAACCAAGUGCAAUACCGACUGUAUAGAGAAUUCAGACUUUUAAGCAUGAUGAUAGAUUCAGUCACCCAAUGGGAAGGUUAGGGAACAUGUGACGAGGCAAGAUAGAAAAGUAGAUUGUUGGCCUCCUUUUCAAAGGCUGAGGAGUACAGAAUAAGUUUGUGGUACACCCUCUGCCCCAUUUCCAUAGACAAAAAAAACCCUAUUGAAGUACCUGAUGUUGCCACCCUUGGCAUGGGUGCUGAUAUAUAGAAAUAAGGUCAUUACUGCGGGCAUCUUUUCCUACUAUCACCAUAUGUUAUACCAAAUAUGCCCACACUCUGACAUUUUCUGAGGGACCUCAAGAGCCUCAACAGUCACCUCUAUUUGCACCCCUAUAGAAAGCUCUUGAAGCACAAAUAUGAAUCGCUGAAUUUGUUCUGUGAAGGAACCAACCCAUCCUGUCCCCCAAGAAUCUGUUUAUUGCAGAGCUUUAAAUCACAUGAAAGAGUCAAACCAUCCUCCUCUAUCUCCAAUCUCCGCCAAAUCUACUGGGGCUAUCUAAAUUUAUCAGGCUGUAUAAAUGCAUAACACAACGUCCAUCUAUCAGAAGAGCAUGAGGAGCCUCCAGCUCAAUUGACCUAAGGAGAUAAUUCUGCAACCUGAUCCCCAUUACACUAACUGAAAGCCCAAUGAGAAUGUGAUGGUUUUAUAAACAUGAUCAUAUUCUUUAUUGCGUGAGGAUAAAAAUGCAGUGUUAUGAUUU